UUGUCAGUCAUUUCGCUGAAAUUUUCUAGUUUCAUUUCAAUCUCAAAAUUUUUCUUUGCAAUUCCCUGCGAAAUUAAGAUUGUUGAAAAUGUAACUAUGAGUUUGAAUUUUUUCUUAUUCUUUUGAUCUUUACUUAGGGUUUGGGAUUUCAUCUGUUUGGCCACUGAACAAAAUUUCACCAAAUUCAGGAUUGGGGCUGGUCAGAAUUAGAUCCCAAAUCGUUUUCUUGCUCUGGUUUACCGUUUGGUUCAAUUUUCCCAGAAAAAAAAAAAAAAAAAAAGCAAAAGGAAAAAAAAAGCCCUAGUUGCAUCUUCUUCCCGUCGAUGGUGGAACAGCAGGCGCCCCGCGGUGGCGAAGCAGCGGGGCCUUCUUCGUCGCUCGUGACGGCGGCCGGCCGGCAGAGGUUUAUGGUGGAGCUGAGACCGGGGGAGACCACAAUCGUUUCUUGGAAGAAGAUGGUGAAGGAUGCUGGGAAGGCUGAUCAACUCACCGCCAUCCCGUCACCGGCAUCCAUUUCUCGCCCCGUUUUCGAGCCUCGCUUGGCUCCGGGACAACCUGCUGAAAAUGAGGCAAAGGAUGCCCCUCCGGGUAGUCGUUUCAGUGCUGUUAUUGAAAAAAUAGAACGCUUAUACAUGGGUAAGCAUAGUAGUGAUGAGGAAGAUCUUAAUGAUGUUCCCGUUGAUGAUGAAUAUGAUACGGAAGAUUCUUUCAUAGAUGAUAUGGAGCUGGAUGAGUAUUUUCAGGUUGAUAACUCAGCAAUAAAACAUGAUGGGUUCUUUGUUAAUAAAGGCAAAUUGGAACGCAUAAAUGAGCCUACCCUAUUGCCUAACCAACAACAAAAGAAAAGGGGGAGGAAAGAUUUGGAUAAAGGUCAUGGCGAGGGUGGUGACGGUCAUGUGCCAAAUAAACAUGUAAGGGUGGGAAGGAAGGUGGCUGGAAAGUCAGUGCAUUUGGUUAGGAAGAACUCUACUGAUCCAUCUCAAGUGGUGGAAUUACCUAACCUAAAUCAUGAACAUGUAAAAUUUCAGAAUCAGAUGAAGAAAUCUGCUGAAACAAAAUUUUCAUCUGAUCCCGUACUUUCUUCGUGGAUUGAUGAAAGGGGUAUUGACAAGCAGAAGACAGGAUUGGCUCCUACUAAGUGCCAGGGCAGCAUAAUGAAAGAUAGAGUUGGAUCUUCUGGCAUUUCUGUGCAGAGGUCUCAUGACAAAAGUUCAUAUGCCCAAUGCAUGCCUCAGUCUGGAAUAAACAAUAUUGAGCAGUUAGGUCAACCAGUUCAGAGGAGUGAAAAGGAUGGCAUUCACGAAAGGCCUGAUCCGAAUGUUUCUGAGGGAAAGUAUUCUAUGCAAACUGUGAUAAAGGAAGGUUCCAGUGCUCGGGCAAAAAGUACGAUGCUUGAAAAGGCUAUCAGGGAGUUAGAGAGGAUGGUUGCAGAAUUACGACCAUCAACUAUAGAAGCUCAGGAUGCUGAUAAUUCAUCUCAGGCAGUCAAGAGGAGGUUGCCACGUGAAGUAAAGCAGAAGCUUGCUAAAGUUGCUAGAGUAGCGCAGGCAAGCCAAGGAAAAAUAUCAAAAGAGCUGGUUAAUCAUCUUAUGAGUAUUCUUGGUCACUUGAUACAGCUGAGGACGUUAAAGAGAAAUUUAAAAGACAUGGUUAAUAUGGGUUUAUCAGCCAAAAAGGAGAAAGAUGAUAGACUUCAGCAGAUGAAAAAGGAAGUUGCUGACCUGAUUAGAAUGCAGUUGUCCUGUAUAAAGUCAAAGGCACUCGAGCAACAAGCUGGAGCAUUUUCUUAUGUUAAGGAAAUUGGCAAUGAAGGAGAGGAAAUCAAUAAAAGAAAAUAUGCCAUGGAUGAUGUGUUGGAGGACAAGAUUCGUGAUCUCUAUGACCUCUAUGUGGAAGGUCUUGAUGAAGACACAGGUCCACAAGUGAGAAAGCUAUAUGCAGAGCUGGCGGGAUUCUGGCCAGAUGGACUCAUGGACAACCAGGGGAUUAAACGUGCUAUACGUAGAGCAAUAGAGAGGAAGAAGUCACUGUACAGCCAGCAUAAGGAUGCAGAGAAAAUAAGGAGGAAGAAGUCAAUUCCAAGUAACGAGGCUGCUCAGUUUGAAACUAGUUCUGUUGUUCAGCCACAACAUGUGCUGCAAAGGUUAGUUGGUAAUCAUGGUUUGACCCCAACCAGCAGGCCACCUGGUGCGGCAGCAGCAGCAGCAGCAGCAAGUACUACUGUAUGGAUGCCUGAUACCAUUAAUGAUCCCAACAUAUACCAGCCUAAACAAGAGAAAGUCGCAGGCAGUUCAACUAAUCCCAGUGACUCGAGGAGGAAAGAUGCAAUGCCACAGAAGAAGGUAAAGAGAAAACCAAAAUUUGAGUCGGGUGAAGCUCACCGCCGUCCGGAGAAGUUAACUUAUGUACAGGGGGAGUCAAGAUUGAAGUCCCAUAAGCAGGUCGCUGCUCCUCAAAAACCAAGCCUUCCAUCGGCUUGUGCUCCUCCAAGACCAAGCCAGCAUUCAGCUACUGGUGCCCCAAACUUUGAACAGCCCAGUUGAUGGGGUAUAGUAUAGCUCAGUAAGUUGACACCACUUUGUUGUGUUUUGUGACACAAUUGCACAAAUGUUUGGGUGUCAGUCAUUUUGAUCGAAUGUUACUAGUUCUGUAAUUAAUGGUGAUUGUCAUGUUGAGCUGAACUAAAUCUGAUUAGAGGAAGCACAAAGCUGUAAUUUUAAUCAUGAUGUGUAUUCCAUCUAUGCCCUUCUGGAUGUCAAUUAGGAAUUUGCUGGAGGAUUUUGAUUA